GCGCUAAAUCCUAAACAGCAGCUGGUCUGUCUGUCAGAAAGCUGUUGGGAAGCCCCGGUUCGGUCCUCAGAAUCCGAGCCCGUCCCCGGAGUCCGGCUGGCCGUGGGAAGAGUGGGCGGACCGUGUUUUCCGUGUUUAGUUCAGCCCGUCUCCCCGCAGUCUCUCCGCAGGGCUCGCUCGGUGUGUCCGCGCUUGUAAACCCCACUCUGCUGCUCGGAGGAAGCGGCUUGUGCAGCAGUGGAAGCCAUGGCUUUAUUCUUCAGAGGAGCAGUUACAAGUUCUCCUAUUAAAACCAGAAGCCAUCAGGAAGAUCAAGCAUGCAGUUUUGACACAUCCUUCCUCUCUGACUCCUCCUACGAGUGCUUCUCUACCAAUCCGGUGACAGGCUCAGUGUGUGUGUGCCGGCGAAGCCCACGCCUCCUGGCCAAUGGAUACUACUUACUGACAGAGGACAGCUUUAGUACUGAUGAGCAGGGAAACCUGACCCUCACUCCAACUCAAACCAACGUCUCCUACAAAGAGAACAUUGUCCGAAUUUUCCGGCGAAGGCGCAAAGUGAGACGGUCACUGGCGAGCCUCCUGAGUGACGUCACACAGACAUGUCAGUCAUGGUUGGGUGGGCGUGUCUUCGGUAGAGCUGACUCCACGCAAGAGAGCGAUCCGCCAUCUUGGUUGGAUCUUAGCAGCAGCACCGAAAAAGACACGCCUAUCUCUUUCACAUACGACCCUUCAGAAACUGUCCUUCCUUCUGACAAAGAAUCAUUUCUGUCAGAGGAGGAUCCUGAGGUGUGCCCUACCCACGAGAUGCCUAGCCAAUCAGAGACUGGCCUUCUGGAUGUCCCACCUCCCUCUGAAUGUCUCUGUAACAAUUACUGUCCACCCACGUACCCACCUUCAGCUUCCGAUGAUGGGUUUUGGAAAGCCGUACUCUUCCUCAUCUUCACACUGUGUCUUUGUGCUGCAGUGUUUUUCAGAUGUGAAUAUGGAGGUGUUGCUGUGGCCGGGGCUGUUCUUUUCCUGAUCUCGUCUAUAUAUCUGUUUAAGUCUGGAAGAGCAGCGCAAUGGAAUCAAACCAAAACUGAGGAUAUCACCUCCAGAAACGAGUGAUGAAGCAAUGCAGAUGUUACUGCAGACAGUGGAGAUGAAUCAGUGUGUCCUCAUGUGAGCAUAAGAGCACGAGUGUGAGUGUGAACGCUGCUCAGUAUGCGGCAGGCAGGUGUGUGUCAGUGAGUGAGUGUGUUCACAUGGUUGUGUGUGCUGUUCGUGAAUAAUCUGUGAUCAUGAGACUCUGAAAGAGGGAACAUAAAAGAAAGGCAACGCAAAAUCACAAAAUGUCACACUCAAACAUACACAUAGAUUGAAUCUUAGUGGGUUUUUAUCCUGUAUGUAAUUUUUUGAGGGCACAUUUAUUCACUGUAGCAACACAGAGCAACCUAAUAAGGUCUUCUGAACUAAAACAAUAACGGUCUGUGCUUUGCUGUGGCCAAAUCUGUUUUGGACAAUCAGCAAAAAGUAAAACAACACAGACUAUUGAACACAACUAUUAAUUCUAAAGGAUUUAAUUGUGUGAGGUAAAUGAUUAUCUAAAAGCUAUAGUACCAACUAUAGUAAAUGCAUUUUAAUGCAUUUGUUAUAAUGUUGAUGUGUAUUGUACUAUUGAUGCUUUUGAACAAAUUAUAUUAGCUUUUUUAUUAAUAUAAUUUGUUAUUUUUAUUAUAAAAAGACCUAGCAGCUUAGCUGUUGGAUUCGUUGCGAUCCAAAAAAUGGGUUUUAUCGUCCUGCUUCUCUGGCAGAGUCUAGACGAUGUGUUUAUUCAGGUUUAACCAAAUAGACUGGGAUGUUAUCUGUGUACACAGAGCAAUAGGAAAAGAAAAUAAGUGUACAUUAUAUAGUGGAAUAGUGUCACAGCCAGGCCAUCUGCAGCACACAUGGUUUGGCAUGAGAUCACAGUUAAAAUAAGUUAAAAUAAAAAUAAAAAACUUUUGAUCCAGAGUCUGGUAGGAUCAGCUCUAUGGGCACUUAGCAAUAUUAUAAUCAUAAAUUCCUCAAAUGAAGAAAAAUGCGCUUUAUUAAACUAUGUUGGGUUUAGCCAACUCUUUUUCACUCUUUUUCAGGCCUUUUGGAGGCCUCUGCAAGAUUUAUGUGGGCAAUAGAAUAAUAUAAAUAAAUUCUCUUUAAAUAUUUAUAUUCAACAGGAUUUUUUAUUGUUUAAGAAAUGUUAUAAAUCUGACUGUUGGGGCUGAAGCCAACUUAGUAUUUAGAACUGGAAAAGAGUCUGACUCUGACCUAAAAACACAGCUUUAAAUUGUUGAAGUGUUGUUAAAGUAAACACUAUCCAAACCAUAGGUGAGUCGGUAGGGAGUGAGCCAUUAGCUUUCCAUAUAUAUAUAAUGCUGAGGCCUUCUGUUAGCAUUAGGACUAACCACUCCUUCACUGUCGAGGCUGUAUGUUAGCACUGGGGUUAGCCUGUGAAGUCCAGCUCUUAGCAUCACAGCCCACUGGUUCAACACAGCCGAGGCCAUCAGUUAGCAUUAGGGCUAACCACUCCAAAAUUGCCAAGGCUGGCUUUAGCAUCGCAGCUCCACUCCACUCCAAGUCUGUGGAGCCCAGCUGUUGGCAUCACAGCUUACUGCUCCAACACUGCUGAGGCCAUCCGUUAGCAUUGGGGCUAACCACUCCAACACUGCAGAGGCCACCUGUUGGCAUUGGGGCUAACCACGCCAACCUUGCUAAGGCCAUCUGUUAGCAUCAUGGCUAACCACUCCAAAAUUGCCAAGGCUGGCUUUAGGAUCGCAGCUAACCACUCCAAGCUUGUGAAGCUUACUGCUCCAACAUUGCCGAGGUGGUCUAUUAGCAUUUGUGCUAACCACUCCAACACUGCCAAUAUCAGCUGUUAGCAUUGCAGCUAACUGCUCCAAACCUUGGCUUUUGGGAAUUAUAUCAUAUUGACCGCAACUAAGAAAUAUAUUGCGAUAUAAUUUCUGUCCACAUUGUUCAGCCUUGUAAGUAAAAAGAGGAUAAAUCUUGUAAUAAAUGUGCUAGGAAUUCUGCAUGUUGGUAACAGUGCGUGGACUGUUUAUUAGAGCCACCGUGUUGACCACAGUGAUCUCAUGCUCUGUGUUGUUGCACUUAGCCUGCUGCACUUAUACUGGAAGUUGUGGUAAUGUAAUAAAAAUUCCGUCCUUCAAAGGGGGAGUGUGCUGUGAAGAGAGGCAUGGUGCCCUAAAGUGUGCCAGUUUUCCUAUGGAGAGAUGCUGCUUAUUGUUUAAAAAGUGCCUUUCCAAAUCUGUCCCUGGGGACCAUCAGCUAGAGCUGCAUAUCUUUAUUAUUGUAACAAAAAAACAUUUUAUUAAAACUUUAAAUUAGUAAAUUUUAGCACAAAGAAAAAAUAAGGUUUUGUUAUAAAACCAGGAGAAGCAGCUAAAUCCUGGCUGUAGGGCUACAGUGAUUUUAAUGGGAGGUAUUGGGUGUAAAACACCUGGCACACAGUAAACUGUGCUGCAUAUAUACGUGAUGAGCUAAUGCAGAUAGUUUUGUAACAUAAAUUACAGCCUUAUGUUACAAAAAUGAAAAAAACUUUUACCACACUAUGUUUAUUUGCAAAAGUUUGGGUUUCAUUGGACAAAACACAAUUUUUGUUUUUGUUGUGAAUUAGUUUGCCACAAUCAAACUAUAUCACACUCUCACAUGCACUUUAACAGCCCAAUUUUACGUUAAUGAAGUCCUGCAACCAGUGAGCUGACCUUUUCUGAAUGCAUACUCUGGUGUGUUACUCCAACAGGACAAUGCUCCUUUAUGCCACACAUAAAAGAAUCAUUUUUUUCUGGUUAUAAAUAAGGGUUAAUCUACAGCUACAGUAGAUACAGAAAUUAUCAGCAUGAACAUAUAUUCGCAGUUCUUUUACUUCUUCUGUUGUUUAGUGGGUGAUGAUUCAGCAUGAUUCAGAUUCUUACAAUUGGUCCUAAAGUCUGAACCAUCAAAAAAAAAAAUGCAGACAACCUAGUCGAUCCGAACCAAGACACCCUUGUUUGUUUUGUCCAAAUUUAAUUCCAAUUGGACAGAGCAGGGUUUGUUGCACCUUUUACACCUGCUAUUUUGCUUCGGAUCAUUGUGUGAAAGUGACAGAAACUGUAUUUAUUAAUUUGCAAUUUAGUAAACCCAAAAUAUGUCUUUCGUCCAAGGUUGCCCAAUCUUUUGCAGUCAACUGUACAUGCUGUCAUGUAAUGACAAUGGAACAUCCAUUGUAUUGGCUGGAAGCUUGGAACACAUCAGUAGAGGUUUAAAAACCAGCAAAAGCUUGUUGUUUUUAUCAAAAUGACAAUAAGUAAUUCUGUCCAUUAGGAAAAAAGACACUGGUCAAUUUAAUAUAGACUUAUAUAAGGUAAAUAUAGUAUUUUAAUAUAUGUAUUCUUGGAAUUUUAUAACUAAAGGGUCAUUAAAGUGUGAUGUUAAUGUUAAUGUGACAGACCGUGUAACCAUCAGGGGUACUAGUCUGUAGGCUGUGAAAAUGAAUUAUUUAAACUUUUUUUGGUUUAGAGGUGAUUCUGCCAUGUGUACUGGCUGCAUGGUGGUUUAUGAAAGUUUAUGAAUAAUAUGCUUAAUGGUAGAAGUAGCAUAAUUGAUGAGUACAAUGAUGUAGGGAUUGUGUUUUGCUGAAAUUUCAGAGCCAAAUGUUAGAAAAAUGAGAGUGUUAGAAUACUGAGUAAAACUAAGUAUGAAAUCAUGAGCACUGAACAGCAUUUGAAAGAAAUGUUGAUUUGUUUCUUUUAAGAAUCGGGCUGCAACAAUAAGUCAAUAUGAUUGAUGUUUUGGUUUACAAAUCUUUGUUCACGGCAAAUUUCAGGGUCGACUAAUCCCUAAUUUGUAAUGGGCUUACGCACUCAGUUCACGCUCAACUUGACCUUUGUCUCCAAAUGUGCCCAAACACAAUAGAAUACACAUUUACUCAUUUACUCAUCAGAACAUUGCACAUUUAAAUAUCUUUCGGACAUUUAAAUGGCAUUUAAAUCAGGCAUUCAGCCGUUUCUUUUUAAAAAGCGGUGGAAGGCAUGCCAGAAAUAAUCACUGACUGAUCAAAUAAUUGAAAAAGUAUUCAUCAGAUUAGUCACCUACCGAAAUAAUCAUUGGUUGCAGCCCUAUUCAAGACAUUCUAUGAGCAGCAGGUUUAAUGACGUACACAGAGGCAGCAGUGGUCACAGGGCCUGUUUUACAUGUUAGCUAACAGGGUUUGAACUCCUAAUUUUUAAUAAUUAGAUAUUAGUGGCCUUAAACUAUUACUGAGUUGCCUAAUGCUGUAAAGUAUAAAUUAAUUGUACUUUAAUAAUUCACAUACUUUACAUAUACACUCAUCGUCAAAAACAUAGAUGCACCCAGAAGGAUGCCAAAAUGUCUAACAACAAAUCUGUAUGUGGACACACGGCGAACAGCGCCAUGAUUACUGUAUUUUUCACAUUAUAAGGUUGUAAGGUGCACUAUCAAUGAAUGUCUAUUUUUUUGGUCUAUUUUCAUACAUAAAGCAGACCGGAUUAUAAGGCACAUUUUAAGAUACACUAUAAGGAUCUUCUAAUUAAGCAGGUCUGGCUGCUGGGUGGUGGUGGGAGGGGAGCUAAGUAAAGCUAAGCUAAGUAAGCAAGACUAUAAUGAAAAAAAAGACUUUCUUUUAAAGUCAAAUGAGUGCUGGAUGUUAAUCUACACAGAUUUCUCUUUUGAAAACUGUUUAUUUGGGUGAGUAAAGCACUUUCAUUUUUUUACAGUAAGCUUAGAUUCUCUAAUUUCUCCAGCACUAAGACUGGAGCAUUAGCGGUUAACGACAGCACCAUACUGAGGAACCCUACGUGUGCUGGUAAACCAGGGUAAUAUUAGCUAGUGGUUCGUCCCACAAAGCUUGUUUUAAAUUUGGAUAUACAGUCCGAUAUGCUCGCCUCUGAGCGGUGAAAGAGCUAGUGCGGUUAGCAGCUAAUGCUAAUGCUGCUCCAGCAGUGAUAGCCGGUGGUUAGCAGCAGGAUACAGGCUGAUAAUGCUCACUUCUGAAUGGGGAAAUAGCCGUUAGCGGCUAAUGCUAAUGCUACUCUAGCCUGGGAAACUCCUGUAUAACUCUGUACUUCAGCAGAGUGGCUUUACUGCUCCUUACAACCUGACUGGUAAAAUUAAUACAUAAGGAUUAUAAGGGGCACUGACGAUUGUUUGGAAAAUGUAAGGAUUUUAUAAGUGCGCCUUAUAGUACCUUUUUUUUAAAGCACACUCUGGUGCUCUAAUUUAACAGGACAGUGCUCAUCCACAUAAAACACUCCACACAUAUGAUACUUCCAUCUGGGUGCAGCUAUUUUGAAUUUUAUUAUGAGUGUAAAUUGCCAUAUGUAUGUACUAAUAUCAGACUAGGUACAAGCGUGCUUAACGUGCAUUUGAAAUGCUGGAAUUUUCUCAAGUUAUAUUUUGGUACCAAAGGAAAAUCAUGAAAAUUCAAAAUUAAAACAGCUUUUUGUCAGGUUUAAUAUGAUCCCUGCUGUAAGAAAUGUUUGUAUGUGAGGAAAAAAUAAGGGAUUUAUAUGUAUUUGUAAAGCUGUAACUGCCUUUUUCAUUCUAUGCUUUACUAAAUAAGCUCCUGACAUGUUGUACUCUAGUCAUGAUUGCUACUCAUGCAUGAAAACAUUCCCUAAUCCUUUUUUAUAUAUAAGAUCAUAUUAAAUGUUCUAAGCUUUCAAUAAUGUAAGCUCUGUAGAUUUCACUUAGCAUCAGCCGGCACAUUUUUACCACAUUUUGCAAAUGUAAUAUUUUUAUAUUGGCUUUUUAUUAAUAUACUAAACAAUGACAAAUUGAAGAUUACAAAAUGCUUACUGUGCAAUGUGCUAAAACAUGCAAAGCUGAAAUUUACAGGAAGAUGUGUUGUUAUUAGCUGUACACGCCAAUUGUUUAAUCAGUUAUUUUGAGACAGUACUUUUUUGAUUGUCAUGAAAUCCAAAAUAGAAUUUUGGCAAUAAAUAUGAUAAUAACCAACUCUAAGUUAAAAGAUGAUGCUAUGUAUUAACAGUCAGGAUUUGGGUAUAAAGUUGGCUAAAUGCGAAUGUUUUUUCUGUAGAUUUAAUACAGAAUGGGUUCCGAGUAUUCAUGGUAUUUAAUAAGAUUAUACUGUGACUUUGAACAUUUGAACAAAUACUGAUUUUAACUGAAAUAUUUUGUGAUGAGCAAAAAGGAAAUCAAUAAAGUUUUUCACUGAAAAUACAGUA